CUUUCUUUCUCGACCUGUCGUUUGCAUUGGGGUGUGUUUGUCACCCCCCGGCCCCUCGCACGGCAAAACCGCUGCGAGUUUUCUGCAAACGCCAUAAGGAUGGACGAAGUCACUGAGGGCGCGAGGAGGGAGAGGUCACUGUGUGGAGCCCUCAAGGUUUUGAGCGCCUUUGUUGAAUUCCGGCCCCUUGCAGUCGCGGCUCUCUCUUUUGAAACGAUGGUGUUUCCCUGGCUCUUCGUCAUCUCCCUUUUCUGCCCCGCUGCCGGCGUCCCAGCAUGCCCUGCCCUGGAUGCAUGGCCACCACUGGCCGAAAAGUGGCUCUCUUUGGUAGGUACCUGCCAGAAUAGCCUUAUGGCAUCGUUAGGCAUCGUUUGUGCAUGUGCAUGCGCUUCUGUGUCUUUGCGCCUGUAUGCAGGGAUCCUAUAGCUUCAACAGCCUCACGUCGGAGUCUUCUCUGGCGUGGGUUGCCAAUGGCGUCACUGCAUCCAUCAGUAUUAUCAACGGUGAUGCCACGAUUGCGAUGGGGCAGGAGCAGGCCGCAUAUUUCGAUAUGGACUUUGAUGAAGCAGGAAAGUGCCGCUUUCAUCCACGGUUCCCACACACACACGAUGUGCAUUUCCUCUAUGUGCAGGGUUGCCUCUUGACUCCUUCGGAGCCCUUGACGUUAACAUUUCAUUGUCACAAGUGAGUUUGCCAAGUGUACCAGCAAAUCCGAGUUUUUGGAGCGACAUCAGACCCAACGGAUUCGAGCUGAUGAAAUCCAGGUUUGGAUGACGCACAUUCGCACCAGCUGGCUGCAUCACCACCUUUGCUAUCCUGGACUUUGUCACGAAGGGCCCGAGCAAUGCUCGUGUUGGCUCGUUGAUCGUCUUCCGCGAACAGGGCGUCCUGAAGGGGGCAAUCACCUACACCGACGGCAACGACAAUUACAUCCAACUGACAGAUGAGACAUUUCCUCUGGCUGAUGACGGCAAGGAGCACGAAUACAUCUUCGGCGUGCCAACCAUCAGCAACAGUGACGGGACCGGACGCAUCUUCUUGUGCGAGGAUGGCGUCACACUCAUAGAGAAAAACAAUCUCAACAUUGUCACCACCGUCGUCACUGUGGUUCGAGUCGGCUACUCCCUGUGGGGUCAGCACACGAGGGGCAGCCUCAUCCUUCAUCACCUGCAGUUCCUCGUCCCCGAGCUGCCAGACCUUUACGUCAACGCAGAGACAGGAGACGACGCAAACGAUGGAACCACACCUGCCAGCCCUCUCGCGACAGCCGUCCGAGCUGCAGAGAUAGCACGAGCCGGCACCACAAUCCACCUUGCACCAGGCACUUAUCGUGGCCCUCUGAAGCUGAGGGGAAACGGCCGUUCGCAGAAGGCGCUAAAAUUCGUCGGGGAGGCCAACAAGACGGCGAUUGUCGGCUCUCUUCGAGCUGACUCGCUGCAAUGGAGCCACCAUGACGGUAACAUAUAUGAAGCAGAUGUCAGCGAAGUGUACGACUCUUGGAAACUGACGAAAUUGCCGCGGAUAGUGUGUGAGGUCGACAGUGCGAUGCCCGGUGUGUGUCGGCAGCGUUACUAUAUUGCUCGCUCGCCCAACUACCACGAGCCGGGCCCUCCAUAUGCAUAUAAGCACAUCCAAUAUUGGUGAGGUGGCACACAGCCUGGAGGAUCGCCUUGUGUUGUCAUUCCUUUGCUGUCGGCAGGUAUAUGGCCGACGGAGGGGCUGGCGUGCCUUCCUGUACCCCGGCACCACCUGGCCGAAACAGGUGGUGCGACGAAGGUGAGAGUGAGAGUAGGGCGGUUACCUGUAUAUUCCAUCGUUCCAUGUCUCUUGACGUGUCCAUUCUUGUUUUUGAAAUUCAGAUUUGUGGUCAUAUACGGAGCUUACAGAUGUCGAUCACUUUCCUGAUGACGGCAACGGCUCGUAUGCCAUCCCGCCUCCCGGCAUCCAGCCAGCAGCCAACUUAAAGACACUCCCGGAUCUCAAGGGCGCGAAAAUUUUCAUCAACGACGGGAGGUCUGGCUUUUGGACGAAGCGCUUUCAAGUCGCAACGCACAGCAAGCAGGCUGGCAAACUCAUCAUCAACGAGGAUUUCUUUUGCCGCGACCCUGAAAUCAUCUGCAUUCGAGCCUACGCCCAGUACUUCGUCUAUGACAAGUUGAACCUUCUGGACAGUCCUGGGGAGUAUUGGUUUGACGAAGCAAACCAGAGGCUCUACAUGUGGAAGAACGACGGAGUGGACUGGUCUGAGAUCGAGAUAAUGGGCGACGUGGACUCAAGCGAUGAGGCGACAGGCAUCGACCUCUCGGGAAAGUCGUUUAUCACUAUUGAUGGCGUUCGUGUCGCUUUCUUCCGGAGAGGCGUCAUCGAGUCUGGCAAGGUAGGAUGCACAUGCCAUCUACCACUUGCGACUGAUUCACCCAUCAAUAUCCACCUCUCUUUCCUUCAGGAAGGUGAACCCCUCUCACAGCAUGUGACUCUGACAAACUGCCACUUUCAUGCCAUUUCUGAGGAUGGCAUCCGCCUUUUCCGCACUCUCGACAGCAAUGUUCCAGGGCGAAAAACACAGAUGUUGACCAUCACCAACAACGUGUUCUCCGAAAUAGACGAAUUUGCUAUUUGGUCUGGUCCAAGCUUCUUGCAAACAGACGGAAGGUCAGUCAAUCCUCUUGGCGCUGCACGGCGUGCAAGGGGAAAAACAAUUGUGUCUUCUUUUCACUGAUGUGCGUGGUUGCAUGCUGAUGCAGCUCGGAACAAGGGCGAGACCCAACGAAUGCUGAGGUCAGUAUACGAGAUCUCUACGUGGCCCACAACUACUUCACCCGCAUCAGCUUCCACUACAAGAACCCAUUCACUCAAAGGAUGUUCGGUCCCGCAGCCGUCUCAUUCAUGGCUGCGACGAAUAUCACGUUCGUGCACAACGUGAUAGAAUACGUUGGUAUGAUGCAAGACAUGCAUACAAUGUGACAAAGCUCAUGCUUGUUGUGCCGUGUCUUGUUCUUCUGCGUGCAGGCGGCUAUGCGCUUUCAAUGCGCUACGUAAAACAUGGAUCGGACGGAACCCCGUACGCUACUGCCGAUGAUGUCAGAUACGGUGAAAACUUGGCCGCCUGGAACGAAAUGCGCAUGGCUUCGUUGGUCAAGGCCGACAGUGGGAUAAUAGCGGUCUCUGGGGCAAAACCUUUCAACACGCUCUUUUAUGAGGUCAGCUGAGACACAGUGACGAUUCGCCUGAUGCCUUUGAUUUUUACUUAUGAUUCCAAUGGAUUGCCUUCAGAACCACAUGGACAAUACAUUUGGUUGGACAGGGACGGGCAGCAGGAAAGACAGCCCGAUGGGUACGAAGCCGUCCGGUGCGCCUUUGCACAUGAAUCCGUGCAUUUACUGUGAUACGCAUAUGUGCAGGUGCGGGAAGUGGCAUGUAUCAAGAGUGGAUCGCCGGGGUCAGCCUCAUAUGUCACGAAAAGGAAUGGGGCUGGCUCAUCCCGGGCUGUCCAUGAUUGCAGGGCGUAUACUUUCGUAAUGUGGUGUGGAACGUUGUGGUAAGUGAGGAAGAGAUGGCUGUAAUUCAUCCAUGAUUACGUGCCUUUGUGCAACAGGAAAAGGCCUUCACCUACCAUUGCAGUGAAGAGAUGGAAUGCCAUGUCAUCUUUCUGAACAACAUGCUUGCCCGGUAAGGGCAUAUCGGAAGAGACACGCUCUCAAAUUACGCUUUCGGUGUGAAUUCUGUGCUGCAGAGCCAGAAGGUGUGUGAAACAAGACGAGCGUCAGCAGAGCAUUCCAGCAAAAUCAUUCACAUUGCACAACAACCUUUUCGUCUCCUGCUCGGAAGCCACGGACUUCGACCGUCCAGACAGCCCUCCUUUCAGCAGAGAUUGGUUCGAUGUCGACUACAACAUGUACUACGACAUUAGGUAUGAAGACGGCUCUCCCGGAUUGGUGCUGCAUCUGGAACACGGCCCCAAGUCUGACAGAGAAGAAUUCACAUAUAACACACUGGCGGACCUGUCGGCUGCAUCAAGCGGAACCUGGCUUGAGGGAUGGGAGGCACAUGGAUCCGAGACGGCCUAUAUCGGGCACAACUACAGACAACAGAACCUGCCGCCACAUACAAAUGACGUCAACACUGCUCCAUACAUCUCUCACGACAAAGAAUGGUUCAAAACUCAACCUGCCCAGGUGCGAGACAAAGAAGGCUCUCUCUACAUUUGCACUUCCCUUUUCCUUGACUGUCAGCGCGGGGCCUCGAACCCCUCGUUCCCCGCCGAGCUGGAGCGUCUUCUGCGUCGCUAUGACAUUUGUGUGCCCAUGGCGGAGGACGAAACGACACUCACGGUCGGUCCGUACUCGUCAGGCGAGGACAAAUGCUUCAAGGGUAUCGGAAAGCUGGGUGGUGCCCCUAACCUUGGAGAGCGUCCUACGACCCUGGAGCUGUCCACACAGGAGCCUACGACGCUCGAGCCGACCACAGAUGCCCCGAGGACUGAUGCCCCAAGUACUGAGCAGCCCAAAUUGGAGCAGCCGAGUACUGAGCAGCCAAGCACUGAUGCCCCAAGUACUGACGAGCCGUCCACACAGGAGCCUACGACGCUCGAGCCGACCACAGAUGCCCCGACCACUGAUGCCCCGACGACUGAUGCCCCAAGUACUGAGCAGCAAGUGGUGCCUGCAUCGUCUCCCCUGCCCUACCCCUGUCCGUCUCUGAGCAGCAAGUGGCCUUCACUCGGCCAGACGACCAUUUUCGGCCAGUACACUUUCGAUGACGAGCCCACGAUGUGGACAUUCGGCGGCACCACGGCUAACAUCGUCCGGACGAACGGCAGGGCCGAGAUCACUCUCGCUGCGGCAGAUGAGGCCUACAUGGAUCUCAACUUCGCCAACACGGCCGACAUGAACUAUGCAGCCGUCGUUUUCACCGUCACAUGGUCGGAGAUGCAGCUCACCCCUGUGGCUGGCGGGUUAUUUCACAACCACAUUAAGCAGCGUGGUUUUGAAAUUGUGCGUAUGGCCGAGCUUGCGCCGACAUUUGCCAGAGCUGUCUCCUUUAUCGUCUAUAGAGACACAUCGGGCGCUCUUGGGGGGAUAAUCGGAUAUAAUGAGGGCCACCCGUCAGGGCCGUUUAUCGACGGCAGCUACAACCCGCUAGUUGAUAAUUUCUUCCUGCUCAAGGAUGACUCUGAGCCCCACACGUAUGCCGUUGGAUACGCGCUGCCAACGGGAGACAUCUUUGUGUGCGAAGAUGGCAGCACAAUCUUUCAGAAGACGAACCUUGCGAUUUGGCCUUCGACGGUGAGACGCGUACGGGUGGGGCACGCCGCCUGGGCGGACGAGGCUAUCGCAGGUAAGAUCGUUCUCGAGUCCGUAAGUUUGUUCUUACCGCAAUCUGCAUCACAGUGUUAUGGCGACACUACAUGUACUGAUCCUUCCCGUAUCUAGUCUGACACCGUUUAAAAGGCGCGCAAUGUAGUCAUGUUCGUUGUACUACUGCAGCUGUACUCUCGUGCGCCUCCGUGUAGCUGUGCUGUGACCAAGAUAGAAGGCGUUCUUCGUGUUUCGCUUUCGCGAUGGAGGCCGUGACGCAUUUGAACGAAAGCGGCGCUUUCAUUCUUGUAGCUGCGUGGAGGUAUCUGCAGUAGAUAUCCUCAGAGAAAGAGUAGAGGUGUACAUGUUGAUUGGAUUAUUUGUAUGAGGGAGAUUGUCUAAUUCUCCACACUGUCUGCAUUUUUUAUCCACGGAGACAAGUCUUUUCGCUGUCUGUCACGGGAAGUGGCAAUCGUAACAGACCUAUGAGUUGACAAUCGCUGAGAAUCGUAAAAGUGUGUGUGUGUGUGUAUGUGUGAAAUCAUCGCAAGGCAG